GAGUACGUUGCACAGUCCCACCCUUCAAGAAUUACCGUACGGAAUGGACGAUGAAAACGUAGCUUUGGAGUACCGAAAACAUAAAGAGUUGCGCGAAGAGGACAUACAAAGUUUGAAGGAAUGGUACGCGAAGCAGGUCCAUCUGCCGCCCAUUUCAGAGAUGCACCUCAUCGUUUUCCUGCACAGCUGCUACUGGAGCAUCGAGAGUGCAAAGUCGACGCUAGAGCGAUUUUUCACGUACAGAAACGCGUGGCCCGAGUUUUUCGCCGGCACGGAUCCGCGAAGGCCGAAGAUGCUGUCGGAUAUGGAAGUGGUGCUGUACGCGUUUCUUCCCAAAAGGACUCCGGAGAACUACAGGGUGUUCUAUAUCAAAUUACUUGAUCAUGACCUCAGCAGGUACAUCCUCAAGGACCAGCUGAAGAUUAUGGAUAUGGUCCUCGUAGUUGACAUACUAAGGAGCGGCACCAGUGAUGGUUUGGUAAUCGUGUGCGAUUUUGAGGAUGCCACUGUAGGCCAUGUUUUGAAGACACACGUAACCGAAGUGAAGAAGUUCCUAACUUACCUACAGGAGGCACUACCAGUGCGCCUCAAAGGUCUCUACUAUACCAACUUGGGACCCAUAGCUGACCUUUUGAAGGGAUUAAUUAAACCUUUAAUCAACAAGAAACUUUUGGAAUGUUUGCACUUUACCGACUCGUUUGAGGGCGUACUUAAAUUCGUACCACAGGGGUGUUUUCCCAAAGAGUUUGGAGGAACCGCGCCUUCUAUUUACGAUCUUCACGUCGAAAUGCAAGAUUUGCUCUUAAGUAACGUGCAGUUCUUCAUCGAAUCGGAGAAGAUGAUCACGGAUGAAUCGAGUCGCGAUAGAAGACCAUCGUACAUGGAUCGGGAUUUGGGGAUUGGCGCGGUCGGAUCGUUUAAACGACUGGAAUUUGAUUAGUUUAUUUUGACGGUAUAUUAAAUGGUGACCUUUG